AUGAUUAUGGGCUUGAAUAAUUGUAGAAUUUCACAUGUGUUACGUUCUAAUCCAUUCGUUUUCAAGGACCUAAUUGUUGAUUUUUGGAAAAAUGCCUCUGUUAAUAACAAGGGUGAGGGUGGAGUUGGCAAUAUUGAAUCAGUGAUAAAGGGAAUUAACAUAGUUAUCUCUGAACAAAUUAUUCGAGAUGUGCUUGAAUUUGGUGAUGCUCUUAAAUUACCAACUAAAUAUCCUUCUAGUAAAGUAAAGGAGGUGCUUGAGAAAAUGUGUUAUGAAGGAACUUAUCCUCCAACUAUCAAGAAGCAGCGACCACCUUAUUGGAGGUUUCUAGCACAUUACUUUAUAAUUUGUAUUUCUGGAAGGAAGUCAGGUUUUGAUGAGAUUUCUCAGACUGCGACCUCGGCUAUUGUCGCUCUAUCUAUGAACUGGGAUUACAACUUUUCAAAGUUUGUCUUUGAAGAAAUGAACAGAAAUCAUCAGGGGAAGAAAAAGGACCAAUUCUUAAUGUAUCCCAGGUUUCUUCAAAUGAUCCUAAAUGAAAAAUAUUCCCAAAUUGAGAGGUCAUCUAACACAUUGGAGAUGAAAGCUUUAGGUCCCAGCACUUUUGGACUCAUGAAGCAGUCUAGAAAAACAACUAAGAUCACUUUUCAAGGAGCAAGAGAGUUGGUUUAA